AUGGAGAAAGCAAUGAAGGAGAUUGACUCUAUCAUUGGCAAAGACAGAAUGGUAAUGGAAACAUAUAUAGAUAAUCUUAGUUAUCUCCAAGCCAUAGUGAAGGAGACACUGAGGCUUCACCCUCCAUCUCUAUUUGUAUUGAGAGAGUCAACUGGAAAUUGCACCAUUGCUGGAUAUGACAUUCCAGCAAAGACUUGGGUUUUCACUAAUGUGUGGGCUAUUUGUAGGGAUCCAAAGCACUGGGAUGACCCUCUUGAGUUUAGACCUAAAAGGUUUCUUAACAAUGAUAAUGAGAGAAAAAAAAUGGGUCAAGUUGGGGUCAGGGUACAACAUUAUCAACUUUUGCCUUUUGGGAGUGGAAGAAGAGGGUGUCCUGGAGCUUUGCUAGCACUAAAGGUUGCUCACACCACCCUUGCUGCUAUGAUUCAAUGCUUUGAAUUGAAGGCUGAAGAAAAAGAAGGGUAUUAUGGUUGUGUUGACAUGGAAGAGGGACCUUCCUUUAUUCUUUCAAGAGCUUAA